ACGAGACUGAAGUAGAUUCAAGCAGACGUGAAAAAGUAGUUCCAAAUAGACAGUUGUCGCAUUCAUUGGUCACUGGUAGCAACGCAUAGACUCAAUUAAUACGGACACUCAGCGGUUUCUGAAAAGAUUAGCGCGUGAUUUGGAUCAACCGGUUAAUCGAUUGUCUACACACAAAAGAGCUUUCUCUUUUUGGCGAAGAUUAUUUUUACGGCAAAAUAAGCGUACGAGAGCAUGAUGUUGAAGAAAAUUAGAGGGAUAUGUAAAAAGAAGGGAUUCCUUUCGAAUCUGUACUGUCAGGGCGAGACAAAUCAUCGAACCAUAACGUCGCAAGAAAUUUUCGAACGGGAAUCGAAAUACGGCGCCCACAAUUAUCAUCCCCUUCCCGUCGCGCUAUGCAAAGCGGAGGGAGUUUUUAUGUGGGAUGCCGAGGGCAAUCGCUACUACGAUUUUCUCAGUGCUUACUCUGCGGUUAAUCAAGGUCAUUGUCAUCCCAGAAUUUACAAAGCUUUGAUCGAUCAAGCGAAAAUUUUAACGUUAACUUCACGAGCGUUUUAUUCGGAUGCGUUGGGAGAGUUCGAAGAAUACGUUACGAAACUUUUCGGAUAUGACAAAUGGCUUCCAAUGAACACGGGAGUAGAAGGCGGUGAAACCGCGUGCAAGUUAGCACGUAGAUGGGGUUACACGUGCAAAGGCAUACCACAGUAUCAGGCGAAAAUUGUUUUUGCCGAAGGUAACUUCUGGGGUAGAACAAUGAGUGCGGUGUCCUCUAGCACGGAUCCAGUCAGUUAUAAUGGUUUCGGUCCGUUUAUGCCUGGAUUCGAACUCGUUCCGUAUGACGAUCUCGUGGCGCUUCAAGAAAUUUUAGCCGAUCCUAACGUUUGCGCUUUCAUGGUGGAACCUAUUCAAGGAGAAGCCGGUGUCGUCGUACCAAAGGAGGGAUAUCUGAAAGGAGUGCGAGAAUUAUGUACGAAGCAUAACGUUUUGUGGAUUGCCGACGAAGUGCAAACCGGUUUGGCCAGGACAGGAAAGCGAUUGGCCGUCGAUCACGAAAACGUAAAACCGGACAUUUUAAUCCUCGGGAAAGCUAUGUCCGGUGGUUUCUAUCCAGUUUCAGGCGUAUUAGCCAACGAUCCUGUAAUGUUGACUAUAAAACCUGGCGAACACGGCUCAACAUACGGUGGCAAUCCUUUAGGAUGCAGAGUAGCUCUUGAAGCGUUACGCGUGAUCGAGGAGGAAAAGUUAGCGGAAAAUGCUGAAAAGGUCGGGCAUAUUCUCAGAAGCGAGCUCGAAAAACUACCAAAAAGCGUGGUUUCCCUGGUUCGUGGAAAAGGUUUACUCAAUGCCAUUGUUAUCAGAAAGGACAUCGAUGCCAUGGAUGUAUGCAUUAAAAUGAGAGACGAAGAAUUGAUCGAACGCGAUGACAAGUACGGCGGUAGGCAUUUCAAGCCUCUUCCUGUCGCCCUUACGAGAGGCGAAGGAGUUUAUCUGUGGGACGUCGAGGGAAAACGAUAUCUCGAUUUUCUGGCCGGCUUCUCCACUGUCAGCCAAGGUCACUGUCACCCACGCUUGGUAAAGGUGAUGCGAGAUCAGGUGGGAAAACUCGCGCACACCUCCAGGGCAUUUUAUUCGGAGCCUCACGGUGAAUUAGGAGAAUAUCUAUCCAAACUGUUGGGAUGGGACAAAUUUUUGCCAAUGAACACCGGAGUGGAAGCAGGCGACACUGCCAUUAAGGUGGCUAGGCGUUGGGGCUACAGAUUUAAGAAGAUUCCAUCGGAACAAGCGACCGUUCUAUUCGCCAAGAAUAAUUUCUGGGGACGUUCCAUAGCCGCUGUGUCUGCGUCAACCGAACCAAAUUCCUACACCGAUUUCGGACCUUUCGUGCCUCGUUUCGAUAAAAUACCGUUCAACGAUCUCGAUGCUUUGGAACGAAAACUUCAAGGAGAUCCAACUGUCUGCGCGUUCAUGGUAGAACCUAUUCAAGGAGAAGCAGGCGUCGUGGUGCCCGAUGAUGGUUACUUGAAAGGUGUUCGAGAUCUUUGUAAUAAAUACAAUGUGUUAUGGAUCGCUGACGAAGUGCAAACUGGCUUGGGUAGAACGGGGAAACGAUUAGCGGUGGAUCACGAAAAUCAACGGCCAGAUAUCCUUGUGUUAGGGAAGGCAAUAUCUGGAGGAAUGUAUCCCGUUUCCGGCAUUUUAGCGGACGAACAGAUAAUGUCGUACCUAGAAACUGGCUCUCAUGGCAGUACAUUCGGUGGAAGUCCACUCGGUAACAGAGUUGCCUUAGAGGCUGUCAAAAUCGUGGAGGAAGAAAAUCUUACGGAAAACGCGAGAAAGCUUGGUGAAAUUGUACGUAAGGAGUUACAAAAGCUUCCUAGUGACAUAGCGACGGAGUUUCGUGGUCGCGGUUUGUUGACUGGCCUGGUAAUCAAUAAAGACUUUGCCGAUGGCUGGGAUAUUUGUUUGAGACUAAAGGAAGCAGGGUUACUAUCGAGACCCGCUCAUGGACAAAUAUUGAGGAUAUCGCCUCCGCUCACCAUCACGAAAGAACAGCUCGAAGAAGGGCUCGAUAUACUGACCAGUGUCCUUAGGAACUACAAAUGAACCGAUCACCGUUACCAAAGUAUACCGAUAGUACGGAUAAUUUUGACUCAUUCAAAACGGAGACA